GUGCGAAGAAGCGAAAGGGAUAACAGAAAUUGAAAGCUAAGAACAGAAUAAACACACCACAACACAUGAUAGAUUGUUUUGUUUCCUUUUCCCUAACGUUACGAAACGCAACAUUGUCUCCAACAUACAUGCUAGUAUAUAUAAGGUCGAAGCCUCUAUUACGUUGCUUCAGAUUAUUGCCAUUUUGUUUAUUUAAUUAAUGGUUGAUGCGUUUUUAUUGGGAUGGGAGCUCAGAAGAGCAUCCAUGCUGGCAAAGCAAAGAUUGAUGUUAAUGUUGAUUUUACUCACAAGCUAUGUGCUUCUUUGAUGCUCCCUACUUUCAGGAAUGCUGACAAUCCUCUUUCACUAGUAAUUGGGAGUCUUUGCAUUAAACACCCGAACUUAUUUGGUGGAAGUGAGAAGCUUGAUGUUUCAUGGGACAAGGGUCUGUAUGAUUCAAAUAUCUUUGUCGCCUAUAGAAGGCCACGGCAAGAACGGCUUGCUCAUCAGUCUUUUGUAGUGCAGCAUUCUCGUUCACCAGAGAUUGGAAUCCAUGGUAUACCUAUAAACAAUUUCUCCCGCUCGGGAAGUGGAGGUGUAAAUUUAUCUAGAUUAUCAGUUGGGAUGGACCUGAAGGAACCUAUGAGUUCAAAGUGGAGCAGCACAACAAGCAUAAAAUUCGAGCAUGUUCGUCCAUUGAACGAUGAUGGAUACAAUAUAAGUAGGGAUUGUGACGGGUUUCCUUUGACUUGCAGUGGCAGUCCACAUGACAGUAUGGUAGUGUUAAAGCAAGAGUCUCGAUUCGCAAAGGCCAAUGAUCGUAGCUUUUUUCAUUUUAAUCUUCAAAUAGAGCAAGGUAUUCCAGUUCUUUCUAAGUGGAUAAUUUUCAACCGAUUUAAAUUUGUCGCUUCAAAAGGCAUCAAACUUGGACCAGCACUUCUCUUGACGAGACUUACAGGUGGUUCAAUUGUCGGGGACAUGGCUCCUUACCAAGCAUUUUCCAUUGGGGGGCUUGGGAGUGUCCGAGGGUAUGGUGAAGGAGCAGUUGGAUCGGGGAGAUCAUGUCUGGUGGCUAAUAGCGAACUGACUCUCCCUCUGAAUAAUAUGUUGGAAGGCGCAAUUUUCAUGGAUUGUGGAACAGACUUGCGGUCUGGUCAUCUUGUACCUGGAAAUCCAGCUUUACGGCAAGGUAAACCAGGAUCUGGUGUUGGAUUGGGAUAUGGACUUAGAUUUAAAUCACAGUUUGGUCAUUUUCAAGUUGAUUAUGCUAUGAAUGCAUUUAAGCAGAGGACUCUCUAUUUUGGCCUCAGCAACCUUGCUUCAUGACAUCCAUGAUGGUUGCAGCCAGAAACUCUUAUGCAUUUGCAUUUCUUGUAGUUUAUGAUCCAAUCAUAAAGUCCUAUAGAAGAUGAAAUGAUGCAUUCUCUUUGUUUCUAACUCCGCGCUAUAUUUUGCAUGCGGAGAGAGAAAUAGUUACUGUAUAUUUUAUCUUAGAAUUCACAGUUGGAAUAUUUCUUGGCAUUUUCAUAAAGGUUUUUUGUUUAUGGUAAACGUGUGCAAGUAGAUGGAUUUUUUGUUGUAAA